GUUCAGCAUAACGUGUGUGUUUAAGGUAAUGACUGAACUAAAACAGAAAAUUGAGAGAAGGAUGACAGACAGGUUCUUUGGCUUUACUGUGAACAGCAAACUCAAGCAGCUACCCCCUUACCUGGCAAAUAAAUGUGUGGAGGAUUUUCUUGUUUUCUAUGAAAGAGCCAAGAAAUACAUAAGUGAAAGAUACGACUUCUCUGAGAACAGCUUUCAUAGCAAAGUGGCAAAGCUUGACCUCACAACUGCUGUGUCAUAUGAAGAAUACAGUGUUGCUGUCCAGGUCUGCAAUCUGAAAGACAUUGAUAUGGAUGAACUGUAUGAGGAAUAUGCCAUGGUGAAAGCUACCUUCACCUCUCCAGAAAUGGAAGGUUGCCACAGUGAAGAGCGAUAUCUGAAACUGUUUUCCAAAGCAGCUGAACCACUUGCGAAUCUCAGGAAGAUCAGUGCCUAUAUUUUCUCCAUCCCAUGCAGCAAUGCACACACAGAACGAAUCUUUUCAAUGAUGACAUCUGCAUGGAGAAAUGAGAGGAAUCGUCUGGAUGUGGACAGCGUCAAAGCUGAGCUCCAAGUCUGUGUCAAUUUCACCUUUCCCUGCACAGAUGUGUACAAGAAGUUUCUUGGAAACAAAAAACUCUUGGAUGCCGCCAGGAAAGGGCAGAAGUAUUGCAGAUAGACAAUCAACUAUUUGGAGAUGAACAAGCCCGGGGCAAUGGGGGCUUGCCUUGGUGGCCAUGAUGACCCUAGAGGUGCUGUUGUCGCCUGAGCUGCUGUUUUUUUUUUCUAAGAACUAAAAUGUGUAUUUUUUAUUUUUGCAUUAAUUAUUUGUUUAUGUAUUCCAGAAGUCCAGAUAUGUUAUGUUUUCUGGCACUGUGCCAGUCUGCCAGAUUAUUUUAUUUAUUUUAUUUAUUUUAUUUCCAGAAGUCCAGAAAUUUUGUGUUGUCAGGCACUGUGCACUUUGUUUUUGAAACAAUACAAAUUCUUCGAACAAACACUUUUUUGCCUCUUCUUUUACACAUAGGUCUACAUCAAAUUGUCCGGCAAUGAAUAGAUUAGGCUUUUUCAGAAUCACUGUAUCAUGAUACCAUAGAUAUAAUGGACAAAAUUGUAUUACGAGUACAUUGUAGGUGCGAGUCCUAUGCAAUCAUUCUUGCCUCACUAAAUGCCGCAAAGUGUCCUCCUUUUUGGUU